AUGGUAAUUGAUCCAGAGAAGCAAUCGAUAGGAGCACAUCGAUUGGAGCGGGCAAUUAAUGCGCAAAGAAGAUAUCCAGCUGACCGGGUCCAUAAGAAUCCAUCCUUUUUAUUUCCCAAAUCAAAAUUUUACAAUGUCAAAAUUACGGUCAUACAUUGGCAACUUAGGGAUCUAAUAUGUCGUAACUCAUUGAAUCCGAACAUGAUGCUAUACUCUAGCAAUGAGAGCAUCAUGUCCUUGAAUAUGGACGAUCACAGCAAGAGGAAGAUGCAGAGCAAGAAUCCAAUGAAGAACAAUAGCUCCGAGAAGGCAUGCCAGUUUGAAUUUUCUCCUCGCUCGUUUAAGGAGCAAGAUGGUAUCAUUGUUGCUGGUGGACUCAAUGUCGCCAAACAAAAUCGUAAUGGCACACUUAAUGAUUCCCCCCGAACUGGCAUGAGUACUAGAUUUUUAAAAAACCAAACAAUGAACAAUUGGAAGGGCCAAUUUGGAUUAUGUGCAAAUGAUAGUGUGUUGACGAUGGAUGUUGGCUCGUUGAUAAACAACUCGGUAUCGAUUACUAAAAAAUCAAACAAUCAGUAUCAAUCAAUUCUUUGCAAUAAUGAUAGACAUCUGUACGCUUUGAGCUAUGGAAACAGAGAAAUAACAAAAGACUAUAUUGUCAACUUGGAGGUCCCAUUGAAUCACUCAACUGAGUCCCCGGAUGCAAAGACACUGGUUGUCUGUAGUGAUUCGAGCAAGGUCUUCCUGCUACAUCCUGAAGAAUCUACGAACCAAGCUCAGACAUUACAAUGUGAUAAUGGUUAUGACUGUGGGAUAUCAUCCUCCUUCCAUCCUUCGGGUAUAUACUUUACAGCCUGUUUUCAGGAUGGGGUUGCUUUGGUCUAUGAUGUGAGAAACCUCAACAAACCAGUACACAAAGUAUAUUCAACACGAGAAAGUACACAAUCUGGAGCAUUUCGAUGUUGCAAGUUUGCUAAGGGAACAGAUGAUUUGCUGUUCAUAACAGAACACUCUGGGCGAAUACAUAUGGUGGAUACCCGUGAUUUUACUAACCACUUAGUGAUAAUGUUACCAAACUCUAUUCGUAAUGCCACUAUGGACUAUCAGGACAAUGAAUAUCUUUACAAUGAGCCCAUUGUUCAAAAGUUUGAUGAUAUGAUCAACUUUGAGUCAUCAAACUACUCUGAUGACGGUAGACUGUUUGGUAACAGUUCAGAGCUACAACUUGAGACGCAAUUACCACCAACCCAUCAAUAUUGUGGAAUUGAAUUAGCAGGAUUAGAAUGGUUUCAAGACUUUAGAACUGGGAGGUCAUAUUUAGCAGUUGGUUCAGAUCGUGGACUAAUAAAGUGGAAAGUUGAUUCGUGGUCAAGAAGAUGCUUUCCCUCUUUUGUUAAGAACUAG